UAAAUUGUAAUAUAAAAACGGCGGAGGAGACCAUCAUUCUCUCUUUCUCUAAAAAACAAACCAGCUUCGUUCUCUCUUUCAUCUGCUAUCUCAGCUCUCGCAGCAAUGACUUUGGACAACGAUAUAGAAACUAUUCUAUGGAACGAAGACCAAAUUGCCAACCGAGUUUCUGAACUCGCCAAUCAAAUUUCCGGCGAUUUCAAGGACACUGCCACUUCAUCGCCGCCAAUUGUGGUCGGAGUUAUCACCGGAGCUUUCCUUUUUCUAACUGACCUAGUUAGGAAAAUCAAGUUACCCGUCAUUGUCGACUUCAUUCGAGCCGAAUCGUAUGGUGCUGGCACUGAAUCGAACGGCGCUCCCAAGAUUUCCUGCGAUUUGAAGGUCGAUGUUAUGGGGAAACACGUUAUUCUGGUUGAGGACAUUGUUGAUACUGGAAACACUCUAUGCCGUCUGAUUGCUCACUUGAAGUUGAAAGGAGCAUCCUCUGUAUCAGUUUGUGCUUUCCUCGACAAACCGACAAGAAGGGAGGUUAACUUUGAGCUUGUGGGUGAAGGCAAAUAUUAUUGCGGCUUUCAGUGUCCAGAUUACUUUGUUGUUGGAUAUGGGAUGGAUUUUGCUGAAACAUACCGAAAUUUGCCUUAUGUUGGAGUCUUGAAGCCUGAGAUGUAUAAGUGAUAUAUUUUAUUGUGUUUAUUCAGAUAAAUAAACACAGAGACAGCUAAAAGGCUCCUUGUGACAAUAAAUUAUAACAUUAUUUAUGCUAUAUCUUAACUGAUGUUUAUGGUUCAUGCUUUGACAACUAGCAUAAAAUA